UUGCGUUGAUUCACAUUGCGGUUGAGGUGGGGUAAACCAAUCAACAUUUUCAAAUUAUAUGUAUGAAAUUUGCUCACACCAACAACUUGUUUCCGUAAAGCGUUAAUUCUCCUUUCGUUUUUGUUUUUCUUUCUUCUCUCGGUUACACAAUGAUUUAUUCAGCAUCGAAUUUCGAUAUCAUCUUCCACUUGUCUUACCACAUAUGCUCUGUAUACGUGUGAAGAUUGUUUUAUGAAUCUUCUUUUUUGGCCAUUCUGUUCGUCACCUGAUGUUUUAGAUAUUUUGUUGAUAGAAUUUAACAUUGAUUCACUCAAUAGCUCAGUGUCUACCGGGAUGAAAAGUGCUGUGUGAGCUAAAUAAAAUUCUGAACGAUAUUUUUCUGCAACAAAAGACGUAUAAAAAUGUCAGUAAAAUCAAUGACCAGUGCGGUAUUCUUGCUAAUACUGUGUAUCAUUUCACAAACGCGAUGUGAUCUAUCACGAGUUUACUUGCCAACGGCCGAAUUCCAUCAACCAGAAAAAAACUAUUUGAGUAGUUAUCAGCCAGCUGAACCGCCGACUCUGUCACCGUUCAAAUUUGAUUUUGUGAAACCACAACCAGUGUCUGUACCACAAAAUCCGUUUUUGAAUCAGUUUACAACAACUCAAUUCAAACAACAAGAUUCGUUCCCUGCACCUUUCGAGCCUGUAAAAUUGCCCGAAUUCACAACAUUUAAACCAUUUGCAACGACCAGUAAACCAUUGCAAAUCAGCUAUAAUCCUCCUCAUCCAUUCCCUACUCUAAAGCCUUUGGCACCGGUAUAUAAACCUCAGCCACUUCAAUUCAACAAUCAAUUCAUACCUACACAAUCGCCUGCAUUCCCGAACUACAAAGCUCCAUCGUUUCCUACUCUCGCCCCAUUGAAACAACAGCCAAUCUACAAGGCACCAUCGUUCCCCCAACAUGUAUACAAGCAGCCUAUCUACGAAACACCAUCGUUUCCCACUUUCGCCCCGCUGAAACAACAACCAAUCUACAAGGCACCAUCGUACCCUACUCUACCGCCAUUGAAGCCUUUGGCACCAGUGUACAAACCUCAGCCACUAGCUCCACUAUCACCAGUGCCAUCAUUGCCAUUCAAUCCACCAAUUCAACAUGACUUCCCCAUUCAACCAACCCUUACUCCUUUGUCCCCAAAACCCAAUUUUAAUAUACCUCCCCCAGAACAAUUGCCACAAGGGCCAGAAUUGGACAACUACUUGAGUGAUUUAUUCCACGAUUUUGUGAGGCAAUAUAAACGUGAAUAUAUCUCCGAACCAAUUGAGAUGGCCUACCGUUUUGAUGUGUUCAAGGGAAACUUUUUCACAAUGCAAGAGCAUACGAAAUCAGAUCGUUCAUCAGCUGAUUAUUCCAUUACUGAAUUCGCCGAUUUGACUAAUACUGAGUUUGAACGAGUUCUCGGUUGGGACGAAAGUUUAUCGAAUACAACUGGUAUUAUUGAAAACGCUGAUAUUCCAAGUGAUGCACAGGGACGAUCCGCCGGCGGUGUGGAAGGUGAAAUUCCUGAACAUUAUGAUCAACGUGAAGAAAACCUGGUCACACGCGUAAAAAAUCAAGGUGACUGUGCUUGUUGUUGGGCAUUCGUGACAACGGCGGUCAUUGAAGGAUUAUGCGCAAAACGUAUCAAACAGUUGCAAGAGUUCUCGGAACAAUCAUUACUUGAUUGUGAUAAAAGCAAUUAUGGAUGCAAAGGUGGUGUCCCCGAAAAUGCUGUGAAGCACAUCGAAAAACGAGGUGGGCUAGAAUUGGAGACAGUUUAUCCAUACGAAUAUGCACAAUCAACAUGCCGUUUCGAAAAGCGUAAUGUUCGGGUAAAGGUGGAUGAACCAGUCAAAUUCAAGAAGAAUGAUGAAGAAGGAAUGAAAAGAUGGCUAUACACGAAUGGUCCGAUUGCCGUUGCUUUAAACGCCGCUCCAUUGAAAUACUAUAAAGGAGGCGUUCUUAAUCCAACAUCUCAGCUCUGUAGUCCGAAGCAAAUUAACCACGCAGUGACUAUUAUUGGAUAUGGCGUUGAAAAGAAUACAACUGGCGAGAAAUUGCCAUACUGGAUCGUGAAAAACUCGUGGGCAACUGGAUGGGGAGAAAACGGUAAUUUUUUAUUCUUAGUCUUGAUUGAAGAAUAA